CAGGAAUGGUGGAGACGCUGAGUAUCGCCGUCAUCGGUGCUCCCGGAGUGGGCAAAACGUCUAUAAUCCGCCAGUUCAUCUACAACGACUUCUCGGAGGUGUACACGCCGACCCGCUCCAGAUAUGUGUACCGACCCUCCGUCAUCCUCAACGGGAGCAUGUACGAGCUGAAGGUCCUGGACGUCCCGCCGAUCUCUUCCUUCCCAUCCAGCUCCAGUCAGGAGUGGCUGGAUUUGCGUUGCAGAGGCGUUCGCAAUGCCAACGCUUACAUCCUGGUGUACGACAUCUGCUGCGUGGAGAGUUUUGAAUAUGUGAAGAUGAUCAGGCAGCAGAUAGUAGAACACCGGGAAGGCAGCAGCAGCGAGGUGCCCAUUCUGGUGGUGGGCAACAAGAGAGACCUGCAGCGGCAGCGCUUCAUGCCUCGCAGGGCCGUGUCAGUUCUGGUCAAGAAGACGUGGAAGUGCGGCUACGUGGAAUGCUCGGCCAAGUUCAACUGGCACGUGGUCCUGCUCUUCAAGGAGCUGCUGGGCAUCGCCGUGGCGCGGGGGCUGCGCCAGAAUCACACCGCCAUCCGCCUGCAAGGGGCGCUGCAGAGGAACCGCUGCACCAUCAUGUGACCCUCUCACCUCAGCAGGGGAGCAAAGGACUUCUUGAUCUAAAUGGCUGGAAACUAAAUACCCUGUGGCCUCCUGCUUUACUGAGCUGAUUUUUCAUAAUGAGAGUUAUUAGAAGCUGCCCUUAUACGAUUCCAUUCAUGGGCCAUCCAACCGCUUCCGAGUCUCAUGCUGCUGUUCACUUUCACUGCACAGACGUAAGGGAGGAGUCAAUGUAAGACACAACAGGCCUUGUAUUGCAUAGGCACUCAGAUGUCUGACUCCUUACUUUUCUUAGUGAGGGUUUCCUUGCAGCCUGACUGGAACGAAGCUAUUUUUGUGAGACUCAAAAGAGAGAGGAAGCAAUAUUGGUUGUCUUCCUUUUGAAUUUGUCCUAUUUAGUGAGGGGUUGGGAGGUGACAAGUGAACAGAAAAGAUAUUUGGGGAGAUCUUUUGAAAGACAUAGAUUAGUAUGUUUCUGGAUUCCGUAAAGUAGCGUACAUUGUGCGGAUUAAAUGACACGUUUUUCUCUCCUGUCCAUACUGCACUUACGAUGAUGUUUGUUUAGGUGAAAGGUGAUGUAUAGUUGUCAUGCAGCGGAAAAUGCUGCAGUCCCUUAUCGUGAUGUACUGUAGGACCCCCGCACGCCACCCCUUUUCAUCACACACCCUACUCAGUGGCUGAUUCUGCUGAAUACAUUAACGCAAGGGAAUGAGGGACCUGCAGGAGGUUGCAGAGCCUUAAACAGGCACUGCAUGCAGGUUUUGUUUUGUGUGUGUGCGCCUGCGUGUGAGGGAAGAGAAAGUGGCUUAGGAAGGAGCAAUAAAAGUCCACUUGACUGACGGAGACCUCGUACUGUAUUUAAAAGCAGUCAAGUUAAACCCAUCCACUCUCAAACAAUGCUGCAGCAAUGCUCCAAAACAUCAACCAAGCACCCCACAAGUGUGUUCCAGAUACACAAAGAACGGAAUUAAAGCUUUCCUACCAGGAUCUUAACAGUAAAUGGCAAUUAUGAGAGGUUUACAGUUUGUGAAUAUGGCUGCACUAAACAUUAGAAGACUUGUUGUACCUAAGGGGAUUUCGAGAGUCAUUGACUUGCAUGCUAUUGUUGGCACAAGAUCCAACAGGUCGGGUUUUAAUUGCACUGAUGUGAAAAUGUGAUAUUGUGUUGGAUUUUUUUUGUAACACAUCUGUUGUCUGACUGUGUUGUGAGCUGCAGAGUGGAGUGAUUGUUUUACACUGGCACGUGGGAGCACAAGCUCAUGAUGUAGUGAUGACCCUUCUGUCAGGGUAAUAUGCUGUUUUCCUAGUUUUUGGUUUUCUAUUUAAGAUUUAACAAACAUGUAGCAGCAACUGCGUGUAGCAUGACUUCUUAUCAGAUUGUCUGUGUGUUUCCAAAUAAAAAGGGCUACUUUUUUUUUUUUUUUUUUUAAACAA